AGAAACACAGGUCAUUUAAACAGGCUCUGAAGGAAGAAUAACGGACAGGGAGAAGUGAGAAAGUAAUCGCACAACCAUUUGAAAUAUUUUAUCAUCUUUCUUCACAAUGAAAAACUUCAUUGUAAUCGCUUGCAUCUUUUUUUAGUAUUUCUGGUUUAAACACGAUUGCUGUUUAUCCAGACACGUACGUUGCAUCUUACCCAAAGUCAUGUAUGGAAAUCAAGCAAAGCUCACCGGAAUCGUUGAGUGGUCUUUACCGCAUUGUGGUUGAUGACACUGUCGUUACGGUAUACUGUGAAAUGGCAAAGGAAGGCGGUGGAUUUACGUUCAUCCCACGCGAGGCUGUGAUCAAAGGCAAACUACCCCAGCUCAUCAAUCAAGUUUUCAAGAACAAAACACAAGUCUUGCUUCGUAUCCAAAAGAAAGAUGGUCUUCAACCAUUUACACUUAUCACACAACUUCCACGGUUUACUCAACAUAAUCUCGCCGUCUUGAUGCAUAAUUAUAAUGGAUAUACACAGCCUCAAAAUUAUUACAUGCGCGAUUAUCUUUUUCUUGGUGUGUUACCAAAAAAUGUGGCAUGGGCGCGAGUUACUCAAGGUUUCAGAUCAAACGGAAAAAAGGUUACCUAUGUCAACUGUGACGGCAAUCCAAACUCCUAUUUCGUCUUUUAUCCAAAUCAUAAAGAAAUGAAAAUCAGUUCUUUUCAUGGAAAGAAUUUGAUUUAUGAAUCACAAGGUGUCGCUGUAGACUGGCGUAAUUCUGGUGUUCCUUCGUAUGGACAUCGUCAGCUGCCGAAUAACUUCAUUUUCUUGACCGAAUUGCUUUUUGGAGGAUGUGGAACGUACACAUCAAGUGACCGCUGGAGAGAUGCAUAUGGCUCAGCUAUUGGUUUACGUUGACCGACAUUUUACUUACCCUUAAAAUCAUUUAUUUUCCUUUCAAAAGUAAAAGCAAAUUUCUUUUGUACUUAAUUUAGUUUGUCAAUAAAGGAGCUAAUUCAGUCUUGCAAA